AUGUCCUCGCCACAACCAUCAAGCGAUGUCAGCAACUGCGGCAACAGCAGCAGCGGCAGCAGCAGCAGCAGCAACGGUGCGAUUCCUCAAAGAAUCUUUGUCCAGCGCAACGUGCCUGCCUUUCUGAACAAGUUGUACAGCAUGGUCAACGACCCAACCACAGAUAACCUUAUCCACUGGUCAAAAGACGGCAAUUCUUUCAUUGUGGAAGGCCAUGAACAAUUCGCAAAGUCCGUUCUUCCGCGAUUCUACAAACACAACACGUUCGCGUCCUUUGUACGUCAGCUCAACAUGUACGAUUUCCACAAAGUGCCCCACUUGCAACAAGGUGUGCUGAUUAGCGAUGCAAAACACGAGCGAUGGGAGUUCAGCAACCCGAAUUUUCAACGCAGCCGACCUGAAAUGCUCGUGCUUGUGACUCGCAAACGCAACCGAGAGCGAGGCGACGAAGAAGACGUGAGCCUGGCCACGCUUGUCAAGGAUAUCACGGCCAUCCGCAAACACCAGACAAGUAUCAGCAGCGAACUGCACACCAUGCAGCGCGACAAUGCCGUCCUCUGGGAAGAGUCGUUGACCGCUCGCGAAAAACACCAGCGCCAUCAGGAUGUGAUUGCCAAGAUACUGCAGUUUUUGACAGCCGUGUUUAGCAAUGACCGUGCGCUUGGCAUGAGUAAGCAUUCUAUUUUAUCAUCAUCGUCGUCGUCGGAGAGCGUGUUGAUGGAGCAUAGUGGUACGAGCACAGACAGCAGUCUUCUUCAAGGCGAUAAUAAUAAUAAUAAUGAUGACCACAGCAGCAAAGGUAUUUUUCUAUGCACAACACCCAUCAUGCUUGUUAAUCUUGGUUAUGUAAGGUUCAGCCCUUUUUCUUCUUCUCUUGCUUUUGAGAAAAAGAGAAAGAGAGAGCGCACAGUCACAUCAUAUUAUAUUAUCAUCGAAACCGACCACUACUGCUGUGCUUUUGAAAAACUCUCUCUACAUAUGCAUAUCAUAUGCUUCUUUUUUUUUCAAGUAGUAGCAAAUGUCCCCCCCAAUUGA